ACGCCCCUCCCUACAUCUACAAAUACCGAUCCGCCAUUCCUUUUCUCCCACCAUUUCUAACAGAGGUUUUUUCAUAGAGUUUUUUCAGUCCGAUUUUUCUGAAAAAUUUUCAGCUUUAUUUUCAGUGGAAGGGAAGAUGUCUGAGGAGAAGCACCACCACCACCACCUCUUCCACCACAAAAAGGAGGAGGAGCAACCAGCUGAGGUGACUGCUUACUCGGAAACCGCCACUUAUGGCGGAGAUGGUUACACUGACACAACUACAUAUGGGGCCGUAGUGGUGGAUGAACCACUUGAGGACUACAAGAAGGAGGAGAAGCACCACAAGCACAUGGAGCACCUUGGCGUGCUCGGAGCCACUGCUGCUGGUGCUUACGCCCUGCAUGAGAAGCACAAGGCCGAUAAGGACCCGGAGCACAAACACAAGCACAAGGUCGAGGAGGAGGUGGCGGCGGCCAUUGCUGUGGGUGCAGGAGGCUAUGCAUUCCAUGAGCAUCAUGAGAAGAAGGAGGCCAAGAAGGAAGAUGAGGAGGCUCAUGGAAAGAAGCACCACCACCUCUUCUAGAUGACUUCCCUACUCUUCUUCUACUGCUUUUUCUUGAGAUGUGAAGUGUUUCCUACUACUGCUUGGUUCACUAUGUGCUCUCUUUCCUUUUAAGUUUAUGUGAGUUCAUGUUUAUGCGUGUUAUGGUGGUUUUUAUAUGAAAAAGAUGUCUAUGUUAUGUUUGUGUUACCAUGAGUGAUUAAUCCUGGUUUUCUUGGAAA